GUAGGCGGCAGUAUUUCUCUGUCAAACCAAUGGACUGUCAUCAUAUACAGCAUAUGACAAGGAAGUGUCCAACUAGCCUGCUGUCAAGAUGGCACCGACUGGACUGAAAGCGGUAGUUGGGGAAAAAAUCCUCAAUGGAGUCAUCAAGAGUGUGAGGAAGGAUGGAGAAUGGAAGGUUCUUAUUGUGGAUCAUAUGAGCAUGAGAAUUCUGUCCUCAUGCUGUAAGAUGUCUGAUAUUCUGGCAGAGGGUGUCACAAUUGUGGAAGACAUCAACAAACGUAGGGAGCCCAUCUCUAGCUUGGAGGCCAUUUAUUUGAUUUCACCAGUGGAGAAGUCUGUUCAUGCGCUUAUUAAUGACUUCAAAGAUUCUGCUCUGACUUACAAGGCGGUGCAUGUCUUCUUCACUGACACUUGUCCAGAUGGUCUCUUUGCUCAGAUUGGAAGAUCCAGAGUUGCAAAGGUUGUGAAGACCUUAAAAGAAGUCAAUGUUGCCUUUCUCCCUUAUGAGUCUCAGGUUUAUUCCCUGGAUAACCCAAGCUCCUUUUACUAUUUCUAUAGCUCAAAGCCAAAUGAUGAAAAAAAUAAAAUCUUGGAAAAUCUUGCUGAGCAAAUUGCAACUUUGUGCGACACUCUUAAAGAGUAUCCUGCAAUCCGUUACUACAAAGGUUCAGAGGAGAAUGCUAGAUUGGCUGAAGAGGUCCACCAACGUCUUAUUGCCCACAAAGCUGACAACCCAAGCAUGGGAGAGGGUGCAGAUAAGGCAAGAUCACAGCUUCUGAUUGUCGAUCGUGGAUUUGAUCCCAUCUCGCCAAUUCUACAUGAGCUGACUUUCCAGGCCAUGGUCUAUGACUUGCUAGAUAUCAAACAGGACAUCUAUACGUACCAAACAACAGGCAUUGGGAAUUCAAAAGACAGAGAAGUGUUGCUGGAUGAAGAUGAUGAGCUUUGGGUUCAGCUCAGACAUAUGCACAUCGCAGAUGUCACCAAGAAAGUGACUGAGCUGCUCCGUACCUUUUGUGAGAGUAAGAGAAUGUGCACAGACAAUGCUAACAUCAAAGAUCUAUCUCAGAUGUUAAAGAAAAUGCCUCAGUAUCAGAAAGAGCUCAGCAUGUACUCGACUCACUUGCACCUCGCUGAAGCUUGUAUGAACAAAUUUAAGGUCUCUCUUGAUAAGCUGUGUGCAGUAGAACAGGACCUGGCAAUGGGAACUAACGCACAGGGAGAAGCUCUCAAAGAUCCAAUGAAGAGCAUCGUUCCUGUUCUCCUGGACAAAGAAAUCCAGGCCUACGACAAAAUCCGCAUUAUAUUGCUGUACAUUUUCCACAAGAAAAAAGGAAUUGGAGAGGAGAACCUCUUAAAGCUCAUCCAGCACGCUAACAUUCAGCCAGAGAGCAACAUCAUAACCAACCUGCAGAACCUGGGCUGUAAUAUUAUAUCUGGGGGUCGCAACGCCGGGAAAACACUGCCAGAAAGAAGAGAGCGUACAGAAAGCACAUACGAGCUCUCUAGAUGGACGCCCAUCCUCAAGGAUGUCAUGGAGAAUGCCAUAGAAGACAAAUUGGACAGGAAGCAAUGGCCGUUCAUCUCUGACCCUGCUCCCAUUAACACGACCCAGACUACAGUCAGCAGUGCACGUUUUGGGCACUGGCACAAAAAUAAAGCACCCACAGAAUAUCGCACUGGCCCCCGGCUCAUCGUCUUUGUGAUUGGUGGAGUGUCACACUCUGAGAUGCGCUCCGCCUAUGAACUCACCAGAGCAACUCAAGGAAAAUGGGAAGUGCUGAUUGGGUCCUCUCACAUCCUGACUCCCACCAACUUCCUUGAUGACCUGAAGAGCCUUGACCAGGUUCCUAACCCUGACUGUUAAAUGGUUAGACACUCAACAGGGAGUAGCACACUGGAAUAAAGGGUUUAGUUGUUUAUUUAAAAUCAAUGAAUCUUUGACAUUUGAAGUGAAACAUGUAGAGAACCGUUUAUAUGUAGGUAUGGAGAGAAACACGUGUGAUUCUUUCUUAUUUUAGAACAUUAUAUUUUAUUGUUUUCGUAAACCUCUGAUCUGUAGACCGCUAUGAUUACAAUUGUAAUAAAAUAUAAAAAACAAUAUUGAUAUUAUUAUGAUUGCUGAAUUGUUGACCUUCAAAUCCUUAUUUUUGCUACUGUGUAUUUAAUUUGUCACAUUUUAUACUCAGAAUUGCGUGAAUUCCAUAAUAUUAAUCAUCUCACUCGAACUCUCAUUCUCGUGAAAUGAUAAACAUAGGUCAGUAGGGGUCGUGACAUUGUUUUGUUCCUCUUUAUCUUAGAAAUAUAACAACAGAGAAAUUGUCUCAACUGCUGUUCGCGCUACCUUGCACUUUCACUAUGUAUGCUAUUAUAUUUCGGGGAGGAAGUGGUUGGUUGGUUGGAAAUUAAAGAAAAUUGAAAUUAAUUUUCAAAAA